AUGGCGGCAGUUGUGGACCGGUUUUCCUUAUCUUUAGAUUUUAGCUCAGAAAAGCUCGGUCCUGACAUUCUCUGGUAUAAUCCACCACAGCAGUAUAAACUACGUUGCAAUGGUGACACAGGUUUAAAAGUUUUUUCGGUACGUUCUUCUUUUCAUGUUGCUUGUCAAAUCUUAGCAACAGGUACCCGUAGUGCGAGUCCUAGAUUUCCAAACACGGACGAAGUGGGAUGUCUAUAUAAUAAAUGAAAACUUCUUUAAGUGGGAAAAUUGACGUACUAACUUUUGACGAAGCAGAAACCUAUAUCAACUGUUAAUUAAUGGAACCAUGGUGUCUUUGGGUGCAGAAUAUGUUAUUUUAUAAUGGAGGGAGUUACCGGUAAUUUUGGUAAAUAAAGCAAUUAAUUAUUGGACUUUCAAUUAAUUUGGGGUUCAAAAGAUUUUUCUCAUGGAAGGGUGGAUCGUGGCUUUUUAGCAGGGUCACUCUUUAAACUAGCAAUUGACAGAAUUUCUGAAUAUUGCCUUGUUACACUUGUCACAUUUAAGUAAGGUACUUAAGCUAUUAAUAAAAGCAAUACAUAGCUCUGCCAACUAGCAUAUUAAUGUGAUGAACUUACUGCAUUGAUUACUUUAUUAAAUGUGUAUGAAAUAUUCCCUUUAUUUUAGAAAGGACAAACGGAUUUUUGGAAGAGGUUUGUGACCCAAUUUUUUAGUUACUAGAUGUAGAUAGUGUUAUGUAACAAUGAACUUUAAAACACUGUAGCUUGAUGGUCUCAUCAGUCACUCUAAGAGGCUACCAAAUUGCAAUCAGUAUAAUAUGAGGAAGGUUCCAUGGUGUAAUGUAGAUUUUAUUUUGAGAACAAACAUAACACCAAUUGGAACAAUCUGUCAGAUACUUGAUUAUCACUACAGAAUGCGUUGUAUUCUUUUGUUCAAAGUGUUUUACAUAAUUUCUUUCUCCAGAACUUAUUACAAUCCUCAAAUUAUUAAAGAUGAUGGUCACUUGCUUCAUCUUGUGGUAAAACAGAUGAACAGUGUCAUUGAAACAUCGUUUGAACUCAAAGCUUUAAACCAGUUUGAUCAGGUGAGCUCAUAUGGUAAUAUUUUGAAAUAUCCUGUAAUUUGUUGGAUCGUAUUUGACAUAAUUAGCCUGUAACCUGUCUAAUCAAAACUAUAAAAAAUUCUCAAACGUGAUUGAUUAUCACCAGCCCAUUUGAGCACUAAUAGGACAGUGUGCCCAUUAUACUUGUAAUUGGACAGUGUAAUAGCACAGUUAACAUGUCAUGUCUGUGUAAGUGGACAGAAUGUGUUGUGUGCAUGUGCUGUGGUCUUGCAUUUUUCCGAAUGAACUGUUUUUUUCUUAUGAAAAUGUACAACCGAUGGCUAGUUUUUUCCUCAAAUUUUGACACAGUUUUGAUUAAUUGAUAAAAAGACUUAGUGUCAUCCAAUUCUCUCUGUAAUCAUACUUUUGGUUAACAAAUCAGACUCCCACUUCAUUGUAGUCCAAUUUUGUCAGUCACUUGUAUGAUUACAGACCUAAUUGGACUCCACUCAUUCCUAUUACCAUCACUCGUGAUUAACAAAUGGACUCCCGCUUUGUGGCUAGUCAAUUUUGUUAAUCACUCAUAUGAUAAUGGACCAAAUUGGACUCCACUCAGUCCUAUUACUAUUACAAAUUGUACAGAAAUUGACCAGAUGCUAUUGAGCCAUGUUCAGUACAACUACUACCUGUGAAUGUGUUCUGACUUUUAUUUGUACUUAUUGUAUUGUGAGAAAAAAAAUAACAGAUACAUGCACCAACGCAUGACAUUUUAUUAAUGACAUGUCUUGAUAAUCAAAUUCAAAGAAUAAAUAGUUGGCAAUGAUUUACAAUUAUAGGAACAACAGUCAUGUAAAAUUUCUUUUGAAAAAUAAAGGUGUAUGAACAAAGAAAAUAAUUUACUCAUCUUAUGGAACAGCCUUGAGGUUUGCUAAAAUGGGGUCUGUUCAAGUGUCAGAGUUGGUUACUUGAAUUUUGGUAGAAACACCUUGUAGAUAAGGCACACGAACUUCCUUCUGAAUUUUUAUGGUUUAAUACUUUCCAUUUUAUUCUCUAUUUUUGAAAAAAGUUCUGUAUUGAUUUUGUUCAUUUAAUAGGCUGGUAUUAUGGUCAGAGUGGAUGGUGAUCACUGGAUAAAAACUGUGAGUACUACAAUUAUAUCUUAAUUUUCUCUGCCUAGUUAACUUGUUAUAAUUCUGUCUUGCUAGAAAGUAACUAUUUCACAAUACAAGAAAAUUUUCAUUUUCAUUUUGAAUUUUUUCAUGACAGGGUCUGGAAUAUGUGGAUGGAGAGUGCUCCAUGAGCUGUGUUGUAACAAACAGGUGGAGUGAUUGGUCAACGCAGUCAUGGAGUAGCAACAAACUGGCUCUUAGGGUUCACAAGAUAAAUGAUGAUUAUGUUGUAAGUGACAGGAUUGUUACAUUCUUCUCAUCUUACCUUUUCUGAUCCCAAAAGAUUAUUAUAUGACCCCUGUUCCCCUUGUAGUUUUUUGUUAUUGCAAUAUAUAUAUUGCUGAAAAGUUCUUCUCUAUUGGUUAAUGUUGUUGAUUUUGGUUUAAAAUUUUCCAAUCCAGUUUGAUUUUUGCGACACUCUGUUGCGUACUUAUUGCCAUGAUUAUAAGAAAUAAAAAAAAAUAAAGUUUGGAAUGGCUUGAAAAAGGUUGAAGCAAAGAAAAGUAAUUAACCACAACUGAGGCUUGUCCAGUUCAGGAAUUUUGAAUCUGCUGUCUCUACCUAAAUUACAUGUAUUUGAAUGUAGCAUUAGUAUGGAUGGCUUCUGUAACCCUACUUGUAUAUCAGUUGGGCUUGACAGAUCAGUAAAGCAAUGAAAAUCAAAAUGCACCUAUAACAGAAAAGCAAUUGCAGUUUUUAUCAACUUGCCACAAGCGCUGACGAAAAUAAGCUGUAUUGUAAUUAAAAUUUUGCAGAGAGUGUUUAUCAUAUUGAUAGUGACUCCAAAUUAUGAGACAAAUUAUAGAUAGGGUAAUUAUUUACUUAAACAACUGACGAUGAACAAUAAAUGCAAUUAUUUUGUAACUAUCUCUCUGUUACGCAGUGAAAUUUCCUCGAAAAGCCAUGAAAAGCCAGGAAAUUUGUUGAAGUUUGUUUGCAUUACUUUUGCACAAUACUGUAAUUAUCAUAAUUAUGUAUGUUUAUUACCUAGGUUGAGAGCAAAUUACCAGAUGGAAACCCUGAUGACUGGAAAUUUGUCCGCAUUGCUCACCUUGAGUCAGGUGGCAAAGCAGUGAAGAUUGGACUGUACUGUUGUUCCCCCACAAAAGAGGGAAUGAGUGUAGUGUUUGAUCUGCUAAGCAUUCAACAUUCAGAUGGUACAUAUCAUCACAAGGCUUCGUAAUUUAACUUUUUAAAUUUACACUGUAAAAAUUAGAGUCUUUUGGAAUUCCAAAUUUCUCAGUAAACUGUAUUUAUUAGGAGAAUUUGCAUUGUAUUUUAGAUAAUUUCUUGUUUUAGGAUGAACAUCCUACCUCAAUCGUUCCCUUCCC